AUGGAUGACACCAGCAGCAACAGUGGUGAUGAAGCAGCUAUCUAUGAUGAGGAAAUCCUAAAAGUGGUGCGGUUAAGAGCUUCUGCUUCCACUCCACGUACCGAUAGCGGUACCUUUACCUUAAAGGUACCGGUAGCAUCUCCCUGCUCGAAAACCCACAUUGCUUCUAGUAGUCCAGACCGCCCAACAUUGACCGCGGUUAAAGACAGGACCGCUGCCCGUGGCGAGGAAAAAGCUGAUAUCCUGAAAAUUGCAAGAGAAAGAACUACUAGUAGUAGAGAAGCUACCGAAGCAUUCAUGGACAAGGAUGCAUCUCUGUUUGUAGAUGAAUACACAGACGAGAUAUCAUUGCCUGAAGCUGAAACUUCAAAUUUAAGACGUUGUCAAAGUCUCCCCGGAGCCCAUUGGAUCGAAGGUCUAUUCACAGGUGCUUCAUUAUUUGAGAGAGGCCAACGCUCUGUCGCUGAUGAUGAAUCAGGUAUUAUAGUAGAAGCAUCCAAUGAGCUUGAUGAGACCUCCCCUGUAGCACAACUCAUAGUGGACGCAGAACCCUCACAAGUCGCACGUCCAAUGAAUAAUGAGGCCUCUUUCAGGCGGAAGAAGCAUAUCCUAUUGUAUGCCAUCCCUUUGUGCAUGGUGUUGCUCACCAUUGUCAUUUUUGCUGCGUCCAUUUGUGGAAAUGGUCUGUGCAGCCAGGGUGAAACUCCAGAGAUAGAUGAAGCAUACACGUACCGGUACAACCAGGAUGUACAAGCAGCAAGACUACAAAAGCAUCUGGAGCAAGACCUGGGUGAUGGCUACUUUCGCCAGUCUGAAUCUAUUUCUUCUCCACGAAACAAGGCCUUCCAGUGGAUUCUGAAUCAUCAAGCCAAUCAUGAUAACCCCUUUCUGUUGCAGAGAUUCAUUUUGGCCCUCUUGUACUUUGAAACGACUGAAAAUGAGCCAUGGCAUGUAUGCAAUCCUCCAAAAGGGAAUGAGACAGACACAUGCUACUAUAAUAGUUUUCCAGAGUCUCGAGCCAGUGAACCUGAACCAAAGGCUAGAUGGCUCACAGUGAAUUCAGAGUGUUUGUGGGCAGGGUUGCUCUGUAAGGAUGGGGAAGAAGUGAAUGAGAUUUACCUGAAGAAAAAUCUGCUCAAUGGGCAGCUUCCCACUGAAAUGGCCUUGCUUUCAAAGCUGCAGAUUCUAGAUUUUCUGGGGAACAACUUACAUGGAUCACUUCCAGUUGAGCUGGCUCAGUUACAGAAUUUGGAAAGGCUGGCCUUGUCCGACAACAAACUAGAAGGCACCCUCCCAGGAAUCCUGUUUGAGAAUCUUGCAAAGCUCACACUCCUGUCUGUGCGGCAAAAUCCCAUCACUGGGACCAUUCCAACUGAAGUUGGGCACUUCCGGGGCAUCUGCCUAUGGUUACGCAAUACACAUCUAUCAGGGUCAAUGCCGUCAGAAUUGCUUAGCCUCACAAACUUGCAACAAUUUGGGAUUUCUGAUACCAGGGUUGUUGGUACCAUCCCCACAGAGAUUGGCAAUUUGUCAAACUUGCUACAGCUAAACCUUUCAAACAACCAGGGAUUUGGGGGCACACUACCCGAGGAAUUAUUCCAAAGCCUCAGCAACUUGAGGUGGUUGGAAUUGAAUGACUGCAAUUUUUCAGGAACACUGAGUACCAGUCUUGGCCACUUGUCCAAGCUCGUGUCUCUGCAUAUUGCAAACAAUGAUUUCUUGGGGCGCAUUCCUGUGGAGAUGUCUGCAUUAUCUGAUCUGGCAUAUGUGUCUGUGAAUGGUAAUGGUUUCAUUGGGAGCUUUCCGAAUGAGGUGUGUUCACAUCUCAGCAUAAAGGCAAAAGUCACGGCAGAUUGCACACCAGACAGAGCAUCUGGCGCUACCGCCAUGCCCUGUGAAUGUUGCACACACUGCUGUGACCCAUCCACUGAAAUAUGUAGUGCCAUAUAG